AUGAGUAUCGACCUCUACUUACUGCUAGAGACAGCAUCGGGCUACGCUCUAUUCGUACGUGACCAGUACGAUGAGCUGGGAAACAUCGAUGAUGGUGCUGCACAGACUGAGAAUCUCAAGGACUUCAUGAGCCUGGUGAAGCUCCGAGGCUUCCUUCCCUUCACCUCUGCCGAGGUCGCCUUGUCCAACAUCAACGCCAUUGUUGCUGGCGAGUGCACUGAGGAGUUGAAGAACUUCCUCUCGAUGAACUUGACCACGCAGAGCAAAAAGAAGAAGAAGGCAGCCCCUGCCUACAAGUUGGGCGUUGCCGAUCCCAAGCUCGGCGACUCUCUCAACGAGCUCGGCUUCCAGGUCACCUACUCCCAGUCUGUACGUGACAUGCUUCGUGGAUGCCGCCAACACGUAGCUAAGAUGGUGAAGAUGGACGAGUCCGAUCUCGACAAGGCCAGGUGCGGUUUGGGCCAUGCUUAUUCUCGUAACAAGAUGCAGUUCGACCCGAACCGCCAGGAUAAGCCCAUCAUCAACGCUAUCGCUAUCCUCGAUGGUCUCGAUAAGAACAUCAACACCUUCGCUAUGCGUGUGAGGGAGUGGUACUCGUGGCACUUCCCUGAGAUGGCCAAGAUCGUCACUGAUAAUGAGGUCUUCGCCAAGUUGGCCUGCCUUAUAAGGCUCAAGGAUGACUUCGACUGGGAUAACAGGAUGGAUGAGGUUAUAGAGGCCUGCGGUGGUGAUGAGGAGACUGCUAAGGAGCUUGAGAAGGCUUGUCGUACCUCUAUGGGCCAGGAUAUCGUCGAGAUGGACAUGGCCAACAUCGAGCACUUUGCCAAGCAGGUCAUCUCUCUAUCUGAGAUGCGUCGUAACCUCACGGACUACCUCCACGGCAAGAUGGACGUUGUUGCACCCAACCUCGCCGCUCUCAUUGGCGACACUGUUGGUGCCAGGCUAAUCUCUCAUGCUGGCUCUCUCACGAAUCUGGCCAAGUACCCUGCCUCUACCGUUCAAAUCCUUGGUGCUGAGAAGGCCCUUUUCCGCGCCCUUAAGACUAAGGGUAACACCCCUAAAUAUGGUCUAAUCUACAACUCUAGCUUCAUCGGUAAGGCUGCUCAGAAGAACAAGGGACGGAUAUCUAGGUAUCUCGCCAACAAGUGCUCCCUUGCUUCCCGUAUCGAUUGCUUCUCGGACCAGCCCGCAGGAAGCAGCGAAUCUUGCACUGUAUUCGGUGAGAAGAUGCGGGAUCAGGUUGAAGAGAGGCUGAGAUAUCUCACUACUGAGGGGGUUAAGCCUAAGAGGAACGUUGAUGUUAUGCGUGAGGCCAUGAAAGAGGUUGAGGAGAUUCAAGAGAACGACAAGGAGGCUGUUGAAGCUGCUGCCGCUGAUGAGGAGGAGGAGGAAGUUGUUGUGGAGAAGAAGGCUAAGAAGGAUAAGAAGGCCAAGAAGGAGAAGAAGCGUAAGCAUGCUGAAGUGGAGGAGGAGGAGGUCGAGGAGGUAGCCGAACCCGAGGAAGAGGAGGCUCCUAAGAAGAAGCAUAAGCAUAAGAAGUCGAAGAAGCACAGCUCUGAGUAGAUCGUCUUGCUGUUCGCUACAGUGUAGUAGUGAUGAUAUGAAUGGAAUCUUACCAAUAUUGGCUCCUGAUCUGGGUCGUAGUCCCCUUCCAUCGGUAUCAUCGUGUCUACCACUCUACCACGUCAACUGUUACUCUUCUAUAACGAUCGUAGCGGUCAUCGUCGAUGGUCCGCCUUCCUGCCCUUUCCAACUGCGGCAU